AUGGCCGUAGAACGCGUCAAACAGGUCGCCUCUCACCUGGGCUUUGGGUCCGCGAAGGGUCGCGACGCGCUGUUGCGUAAGUCACCGGACGACGUGGUCAUCACGCUGGCCAUUCGGUCCCCACUGUGCAAGGCGAAGAAGGGUGGAUUCAAGGACACGAAGAGCGACGAGAUCCUCUACGAGAUCUUUAAGCAAACCAUUGCCCGGUCUUCCAUCGACCCCAAGCUGAUCCAAGAUGUAACCGUCGGUACCGUUCUCACAGCGGGCGCACCCUACCAGGCUCGUAAUGCUGCAUUGGCUGCGGGCAUCCCGGACACCACCCCGCUACAGACCGUCAACCGCUGGUGCUCUUCUGGAUUGAUGGCCGUCACCGACAUCUCCAACAAGAUAAAGACCGGACAGAUCGAAAUUGGGCUUGCAGUUGGCAUGGAGAGCAUGACAGACAAUCCCGACCGAGGAGGGCCUCCUAUGAGCGAUGUCGUGAAAGCAAGCCAGCUUGCUCGCGACGCUGCCAUGCCUAUGGGCUGGACGUCCGAGAACGUCGCUGAAGACUUCAACAUCUCUCGGGAGGACAUGGACGAAUUCGCCGCGCUUUCCUUCCAACGCGCCGAGAGGGCAGAGAAGGAGGGCAUCUUCGCAGCAGAGAUUGUGCCCUUCACGGCGUACGUCAAAGAUCCUGCGACUGGCGAGCGCACGACCAGGAUCAUCACGAAGGACGACGGCAUCCGCUAUGGGACGACAAAGGAAGGCCUGCUGAAGGUGAAACCGGCUUUCCCUCAAUGGGGAAAGGGGCACACGACUGGCGGAAAUGCGAGUCAGAUCACCGAUGGCGCCGCUGCGGUCCUGCUCAUGACAAGGAGGAAGGCAGAAGAGCUUGGUUUGAAGAUCCUUGCUAAGCAUGUCACCACAUCCGUCACAGGUCUGGCGCCUCGCAUCAUGGGUAUUGGCCCGUCAAUCGCUAUCCCUAUGGUCCUGGAGGCAACCGGCCUGACAAAGGACGACGUGGAUUUGUUUGAGAUCAAUGAGGCCUUCGCGUCGAUGUAUGUCUAUUGCGUACGGAAACUCGGUCUGGACAUCAACAAAGUAAACGUCCACGGCGAUGGGGUUCCUCUACGCUGUACGGGUGCCCGCCAGAUCGCUACAGGUCUUAACGCGCUUUCGCGGCGGAACGGCAAAAUUUUGGUGACUUCCAUGUGUAUCGGCACCGGCAUGGGUGCCGCCGCGGUAUUUGUCGCCGAGUGA